AUGGGGCGGGCGGCUCGUAGGCUCCCGGCCCGGCCUGGUCUUGGGCCGGGCCGACCCGGCUCGAUAGUUCGGACCGUGCUGGGCCAAGAAUUUUUGGCCCGACGGCCCGGCACGGCCCAGCUCGUAUCGGACUUGGGCCGCGCCGGGCCGGCACAGGCCAACGGCCCGACAAGGCCAUGCCGAUCGAGCCAGCACGGCCGCCCAAGGCUUGGGGUCAAAGUUUCGCCCUUCUCCCCAGGAGCUCCCCUCCUAAGGCGCAUCGAAGGGUGGUUUUUCGGAGAGGGGGGAAGACGCGGGCGGGGCGGCGGGGCGGGGGCACGGGUAUCGGGGGUGCGAGGCGCCGUGGGAGAGUACGCGGCGGAGAUACGCGACUCGAGCCGCCAUGGGGCCCGCAGGCUCGGCACCUUCGACACCGCCGAGGAGGCCGCGCGCGCCUACGACCGCGCCGCCUUCGCCAUGCGCGGCCACCUCGCCGUCCUCAACUUCCCCAGCGAGGCCCCGGCCCUCCCCUCCUCGCGAGGCGGUCACGCGGGGGCCGGCCCCUCCGCUUCCUCAUCCUCCUCGCGCGCCCCCGACGACGUUAUCGAAUUCGAGUAUUUGGACGAUGAGGUGCUCGAUGAGCUUCUCAAGCCGGAGGAGGAGAAAGGUGGCAAGAAGAAAUGAAAGGGACACACUAUCU